AUGAAGAAUGUGCUAGUGUUCCCCCUGAUCGCAGUCGCCGUUGCUUUCACCACCGCUACGACCACAAACGAUGUUCCAUAUUCCACUCGAAUGAUCGAGAGCGUCAUUAGUCGUAAGCAGGGUGUUGUCUCCUCUGGUGCUCCUACAAGCUUUCUAGAGUCUGGCAUCCUCACCCUUGCGAUUCAGUCCUGGCUUAGUAUGUACAGCAAACAUGAGGACUCGAAGCGCGUCACCACCUUUGCGGGAUAUGCUGACUCUAUCAUUGCGUCUAUCUCGCCGUCUUUCACGGACCCCACAGUCACUGCGACAAAGCCUUUGGACAGACUCACGAUCGGUCAAGCUCUUUUGAACAUUAAGGCUACCCAUGGCACCCUCACAAAGACUCAAAUGGAUACGUUGUCGACGCUCAAUGAAUCUCUAGUCUUGCAGAAGCGUAACAAGUACCGCGGCUUUUGGUACUUUGUCUAUCAAGACUGGUCAUACCUCGAUGGGACCUUCUCCUUCCUGCCGUACAUGGCUACAGCACCGGGUUGGUCGUACGAGGACAUGCUCUUGCAGAUUGAACUGCUCUACCAAAACACCUACGACAAUAAAACUGAACUAGUUGUCCAUGGCUACGAUGCUUCCAAGACUGCAGUGUGGGCAAACAAAGUUACGGGUGGCAGCCCCUUCGUCUGGGGCAGGGCGCUGUCCUGGUAUCUCGGUGGCCUUGUCAAUACCUGGGAGAAGCUUGGCGGCUGCAAAGGCGGAUAUGAUACAGCCUGUAUGCGACUGGCCUCUACCAUUAAGACCCAGGCCAACCAAUUGUGCAAACGUAUCGUCACCUACGCAGACGCGGCCACGGGCGUGUGGUGGCAGCUUCCAACGUUUGGUGGAAAGCAAGGCAAUUUCCUUGAAAGCUCAUCGACGAUGCUCUACACCUUUGCCAUUCUCAAGGGUCUUCGGAUCGGUCUGCUUAAGGAGUACGGUGUCUCCGCCCAUGGGCUACAGGCAGCUGCGAUGAGGGCCUACGACUACACUGUGACCAGCAAAGCUUUUCUUGUCAACAACACGGAUGGCACGCUCGAUUGGGAGGGAACGGUGGCAAUGUGCAGUCUCAAUUCGACGGCGACUUACGAGUACUAUGUCGGGAGGCCGAUUGUGCACAACCACGCUCUGGGUGAAGGAGCUUUCAUUCUGGCAAGCCUGGAGGUUGAGCGAUAUGCUACAUUUGGAGAAAACUAG